AGGAAGAAGAAUCAUCAGUCACCACUCACCGCACAUUCACCGAGAGAGAGAGAGAUCGACGAGUUAGCAGAACUCAGCCACCAUGGUGGGUCCACAGUACGAUCUGCUAGCGAACCCUCUCGGCGCUAUAAGGUCCACCUUCGAGAACGCCAUAGCCUCCGGCACCGAUCCCACCUCUCUCAACCGCUGCGACUGGGGCGCCGUCGAUCUCUUCCGCCAGUUCCUCGCCGACGAGUCCAACUUCUCUCAGGUUCCGGUUCUGACCGCUGCCACCAUUAGGCAUGUGAAGCCCAACACUCUGGUUCGGUUCCGCGGCUUCAUACAGGACAUGUUUGGGAAUGAAUGUUACAUUGGCGCUUACAAGGAUGGUUCGGCGUGGAGGACCAACAAGUUUAUGGAUUUUUCUCCAGUUCCUAUGGCUUCCCCCUCACCUGAUACGCUAAUCUGGGAACGCCGAGUGCAUUACUGUAUUCCGAUUCCCGGACUGAAUCCGUGGGCUGAAGUUGGGAAUGAUUCUAUGGAUUGGACAUCGGAACAAAGAGUAAAGCGGAGGAGACCAGAGGAUGACUCUCCUGAUAUGCCUGUCUCUUGUGACAAUGAUCAGGGUUCUCCUAGUACUAAAAAGAUGAGAGAAGGUGAAGACUCUUCCCUUACUACUAAAUCUCAGAGAGCUUCACUUGAGAUUGCUGUGUCUAGUACAAGUUUAAUGUCUGGUCUUGAUAGUAACUCACCUGCCUGUAUUGUUAAGAUAUACGAUACUCCAGACUCUGAAUUGAAUCUGAAUGACAUUUUUGAGUUUGUGGGCAUCCUUACUGAUCCAGUGCUUCAUGAGGACAAUGAAGAUAGUGAAUUGUCAAAUAGUGAAUUGUCAAAUGAACUUUGUGCAGAAUUUAUGCAUCCUAAGGUACCACGCCUUCAUUGUUUAAUUCACAGAAAGCUUGCAGUUCAGGACUUCAUUCAGAAUAACCCUAUUUUAGAGCCCAAGCCUGAUCUGGUGAAAGGCAUCCGAGAAACAUUUUCAAGACAUCUCUCGUCUGUUCUUGGCAAUGAUGAUGUAGCUGCUCAUUUCGUGUUGUUGCAUCUCUUUUCCAAAGUGCAUGCUAGAGUGGAUGAUCAUUUUCCUGUGGGAAAUCUUUCAGUAAACCUUACAUCUUUUAGUAAAGAAACAGCGUCUAUAUUUGGCAGUCAACUAACCCUUGUAGUCAAGAACCUUCUACCCUUCACACAUUCCAUACCCCUCACAGUGGAGUACUUGAACACUGCUUCACUUGUACCAACAAAAAAUUAUGAGACAGAUAGAUUAGAAACUGCGGUCUUGCAAAUGGCUGAAAGUUCACACUUAAUUGUUGAUGAGACUAAAUUAGAAGCUGGAUCUCUUAAUUCAGUGGGGGUAGAGAAUGUAAGGUUGCUAGGAGAUUUAGUGGAGCUGCAAAAGGUGGACUACAACUUCAUGUACUGCACAAUGCCCAUCGAAACUGAUGUACAAGUGCUAGUUUUGUCAGAGGGGAAAUCAAAUAUCUUGCCAGCUGAUGUAAUUGUGCCUUUCCAGCCUUCUGCAACCAAUUGCUCUGAAGCUGUGGCCGCAGAAACUUUGGAAGCUUGGAGGUGGUAUUUAGCUACUGUUAGACAACUUCCACACUCUAUUGGAUCAGAAGUUCAGAAGGUAGUUGAAAAUGAUUUUGUAGAAGCAAGACAGACAGAUAGGAGCUUAACUCCCCAAGAUUUUAGCAGAUUGUUAACGAUGGGUCGCCUCAUGUCCAAAAGCUUCGGUGAGACCAGUCUAUCACUGGAACAUUGGCAAAUGGUCAAGGAUCUGGAGAGACUGCGGAGAGAGAGGUUAAAGUGAAGGUCAAGUUGUUCCAAUCUGUACAAGGUUUUAAACAUCGGUUAAGCAAUGAUGGUCUGAGAGAUAAUUUGUUUUUUGGGUCAAAGGUCUGAGAGAUAUGAAUGCAGUUAGAUGGACUCAAGUGUAGAGUCUGUGUCUCAUAGUUGCCUAAUCUUAUUAACCCUUGUUCUUCAACACUCACUUUUUAAAUGUCACAAUAUUUAAACUGCUUUUAUUAAAAAUGUUGUCGAGCUAAAAAGAUUGCAACAUAAGAAAUUUAAUCUCA